AUGGAUGAAGACAGCCCAGAGAUCGUGCCUGUCAACUCCCCGGCUCUGGACCCUCCUGAUCCUGACCAGGAGCCUGAACCUUCAGAAAGCGGGGAAGGUGACCGUGACGGCCCACCUGAGCCUGAGGCACUCAGCGACAAGCUGCCCCUCCCGGCGGCCGAGCUCAACCUGUACCGCGCGGCCGUCGCGCUGCGCCUGGUCCUCCUCGCCGCCUUCUUCCGGUACCGCGUCACCCACCCGGUGCUCGACGCGCCCUGGCUAUGGCUGGCCGCGCUCGUGUGCGAGCUGUGGCUCGUCGUCGUGUGGCUCGUCGCGCAGCUCCCGAAGCUGUCCCCGACCAGCCGCGAGACGCACCUCGACAGGCUGGCAGCGAGGUACGACGACGGCGAGCCGUCCCGGCGGCUGGGCAGCGUGGACGUGCUGCUGACGGCGGCGGGCGCAGGCGCGGGGACGUCGUCGGAGCCUCCGCUGGCGACGGCGAACACGGUCCUGUCGGUGCUCGCGGCGGACUACCCGGCGGGGAGGCUGGCCUGCUACGUGUCCGACGACGGCGCGGACUUGCUGCUGUUCGAGGUCCUGUUCGAGGCCGCCGGGUUCGCGCGGCGGUGGGUGCCGUUCUGCCGGCGUCACGCCGUGGAGCCGAGGGCGCCCGAGCUCUACUUCGCCCGCGGCGUCGACUACCUCAGGGACAGGGCCGCGCCGUCGUUCGUCAAGGAACGCCGCGCCAUGAAGAGGGCGUACGAGGAGCUGAAGGUGAGGAUGAACUACCUCGCCGCGAACGCGCGGAAGGUGCCGGAGGACGGGUGGGUCAUGCCGGACGGCACGCCGUGGCCCGGGAACAACACGAGAGACCAUCCUGCCAUGAUACAGGUUCUUCUGGGGCACCCCGGCGAUCAGGACGCCGCGGGGGACGAGCUGCCUCGGCUGUUCUACGUGUCGCGGGAGAAGAAGCCGGGGUUCCAGCAUCACACGAAAGCCGGCGCCCUCAACGCCCUGCUCCGGGUGUCCGCUCUGCUGACGAACGGCUCGUACGUGCUCAACCUGGACCAAGACCACUGCGUCAGCAACAGCGGCGUCCUCAGGGAGGCAAUGUGCUUCCUCAUGGACCCAGACGCCGGGAACAGGACGUGCUUCGUCCAGUUCCCGCUGAGGAUCGGCGUCGAGGACGACGGUGGCGAGCGGCGGCAUGCGACUCGCGACUCUGUCUUCUUCGACAUCGACAUGAAGUGCCUGGACGGCAUCCAGGGCCCGGUGUACGUCGGCUCCGGCUGCUGCUUCAACAGGAAAGCGCUGUACGGAUUCGAUCCCGCCUUCUCCGAAGACGACGACGAGGAGGAGGAGGAGGAGGCGCCGGUGCACUGGAGCAGGUGGUGGUGGUUCGGGAAGGUGAAGAAGCGAGCGUUGAGGAGGACCAUGUCCACCGUUCCUCUGCUUGACUCGGAGGACACCGACGAGCUGACCGAAGCAGGAAGAAGGCGGAGGCUGCGUUCCUACCGCGCCGCGUUGGAGCGGCACUUCGGCCAUUCACCGGCGUUCAUCGCGUCAGCGUUCGCGACCCAAGAGCGCGGCGGCGGCGGCAGCGACGCGGCCACGGCCGACGCAGACGCUUCUUCGGUCCUCAGGGAGGCGAUACACGUCGUCAGCUGCGCGUACGAGGAGCGGACGAGGUGGGGCAAAGACGUUGGCUGGAUGUACGGUUCCGACGACGACGGCGGCGGCGGCGUGGUCACGGGGUUUACGAUGCACGCGCGCGGGUGGGCGUCAGCGUACUGCGCGCCGGCGCGGACCGCGUUCCGGAGCUUCGCGCGUGCCAGCCCCUCCGAAGUCCUCGCCGGUGCGUCGCAGCGAGCGGUCGCGGCCAUGGGUGUCCUGCUGAGCCGGCACUGCCCCGUCUGGUCCGCCGCUGGCGGCCGCCUGCGGCUCAUGCAGCGGCUGGGCUACGUGAGCUGCGUCGCGUACCCGCUGGCAUCCCUCCCGCUGACCGUCUACUGCGCGCUCCCGGCGGCCUGCCUCCUCACCGGCAAGUCCAUCUUCCCAGACGACGUGGGGUACUACGACGCGGUCCUGCUCAUCCUGCUCCUGUCCUCGGUGGUGGCCACGGUCGCGCUGGAGCUUCGGUGGAGCGGCGUGACGCUGCGCGCGUGGUGGCGGGACCAGAAGCUCUGGGUCGUCACCGGCACGUCGGCGUGCCUCGCGGCCGUGUUCCAGGGCAUCCUCCGCUCGUGCGCAGGGGUCGACGUCGGUUUCUCCUCCACGUCCACGGAGACGGCGACCAGGAGGCGGUCGUCGUCCUCGGACGACGACAAUCGGAAGUCCGCCGUGCUGCGGGGGUCGAACCUGCUGAUCCCGCCGGCGAGUCUGCUGGUGGGAAACCUCGCCGGCGUGGUUGUGGCCGUGUCGUACGGGGUGGACCACGGGUACCCGUCGUGGGGCCCAGUCCUCGUGAAGCUGGCUCUCGCCUGGUGGGUGGUGGCGCACCUGCAGGGCUUCUUCAGGGGCCUCCUUGCGCGGCGGGACAGGCGGGCACCCACCAUCGCCGUGCUAUGGUCGGUGCUCUUCGUGUCCGUGCUCUCGCUGCUCUGGGUCAACGUCGACUCCUACUCAGCGCCGCCGGCGCAGUCCGCGUCGCAGCGGCCGCCGAUCUUGUGA